GUCACAUCUUAAACAGUUGUACUCCAAAAAUGGAGGAAGACUGCGCUUCAUCAAGCAUUCUAGCUGAAAGUAAAGCUGGAUACGUUCUCAGUAAUGUUGCUGAAGUCGUGGAGAGAAUACUGACCUUCGUACCCACUAAAGCUCUCCUCCGGAUAGCGAGGGUUAGUAGGUUAUGGAGGAAUUGUGCACGCAGAGUCCUGAAAACCCAGCAGAAAAUGAGCUGGCUGUCUGCUUUUGGCACGUCCCGAUAUGAGGAACAUAUUCUUCUGGGAAUUAUGGAAGAAGGCUUGGAGACCGUGUACCUGCUGCCCCAGACAGCGCUGUUAAUGGUAGACAGUGAAAAUUUCAAUGGACAUAAUGGUUCUUACAGACACAAAAAAGCAAGGAAGUGUCAGGAUGAGGAUGAGUUGGAUGCUAUGGACAGACUGAGGCGCUUGCUGCCCAAGUCUUGUGACAUUUUAUGCAUCGUCACCCCAGGAAUUGUUUUGACUCCCACUGGCUUGCCCUGUACUUCCCCUAAGGAGUUCAUGGAGGGCGAAGCUGGCUUUAGCCUUCUCUUUCCUGCUAUGGAGGGGGUUCAGAUCCGGCCAUUUCACUUCUGCAAAAAGAGCCUUAACCAGGAUUCUUUGGAGGAAGCAGGGUUGAUAGGAAACCCUGACCUGAAGGUGGUGCUGUUGUUUGGCUAUCAUGCCUACAAAUCUGGAGCUGCUCUGUUUCUUAACAAACUGCUGGAGCCUCUGGCCCACAGUAAUGUGCUCAUCGCUGGUGGUCAUGUGGAGAAGGCCUGCACCCAGCAAAGAGACUGCUGUUCUCCAGGUUCAUUUGGUGUGGUGGGUCUCACCUUGAGUGGCUCCAGGAUUCAGGGUGCCUCUGUGCUGCUGGACCAGGACGUUAGCAGCCCCAAAGCAGCUGAAGUCACCAUCCGUCGGCUUAAAGCGGCUAGCAUCCCAGAGAGAAACACCAUUGGCUUUAUGUUUGCUUGCGUGGCCCGUGGACAUAACCACUACAAUAAUGAGCACAAUGUUGAGGCUGACACCUUUCACAAGAUUUUCCCCAGCGUGCCACUCUUUGGCUUCUUUGGAAAUGGAGAGAUUGGCUGUGACCGCAUCGUGAAAGAAAACUACACGCUGAGUGAAACGGAUGCCAAUGGACUGCAGCAUGGUUACACCACUGUUAUGAGCCUGGUGCACCUUGGGUGAUGUGCGUGCAUGCACAAACUAGGAUGAUGCUGACCCUGUCUGAAAGAACAUUUCACUGUCUCAGGACAUGGUUUGGCUGAGAUGUUUAUUUAAGCAAAAGAGCAGAUUCAAUUAUUCUGUCAGUAGUUUUUGAUUUGCUACUAAUUGUGCUACUUUAAUUUACUAAACAUGUAAAUUCUUGUCUAUAAGAUCAGUUUUGAUAUACAGAAAGACGGUUUGAUUUGCAUGGUGCUAACCCUGGCCUUGAAAUUGGACUGAUCUUUUAUGUCGUGCAUAGGGCAUGGCUAUUUUUCCAGUCACUAUGAGUUCCUUCUAACUUUUAAUGGUUAGGUGUUCAUCAGAGUUUAUCCAAUUACCUGCUUUUAAAGUCAGCCUGUUUUGAAAGUUGUUCUGAAGAAUUAGCCUAAAAUGAAUUUACUCUGGAACCCCCAUAUGUUAGAAAAACAUGCUUCUGCUCAGCAAGAAAAAAAUAUUUUCCCAGUUAAAUUGGGAACAAAAUCGGCUAGUGGAGACUUAUUUUUCUUCUAUAGGAAAACUUGUUUUUCUUCUUAAAAUACAGUAGUGCACUUAAAUAAUGACUGUAAGCAUUCCACUGUUAUAUACUCAACUAAACAGCUUUAAUUAUGAAAGCAGAACCAUUUUUUCUUAGUUCAGGGUUGAGUUGAUUCUUCUAAUACAAGUGUUUGAUUAUUCACUAAUAAUCAGAAUGUUAAACUUGCAAACUCUUAUGUACUUUGCUAUUUUUGUUACUCUUAUAUAGCUAUACUGUACAUUCUCCUUCCAAACAAAGAAUGGUUGGCUUCAAUUACGUCUGCAUUGUUGUCUUGUCUACGCAGUAAAAUGAGUCAGUGUCUUUAGGCCACUUGGAAGCACCAACAACAGAUGGCAGUGUUAAGACAAGAUACUAAAGCCUCAGGUUCUGUUUUUUCAUUUUCUGACAGGUUCUGUUUAAAAAAAAUACACCUCUGUAUAGUUGAAUUUUCUGAAAUAGGAUACUAAACGAGAGACACAUAAGGACUGUAGUUUUGUUUUACUGUAUUUUUAUACUUUUUGUAGAGAAAAAUCCCUAAAAUGACAUGCAGAGAUGUUAGAUAUAAACCUUUUCAGAUUCAUUCUUAAUCCAUUCUCCUCUAAAGAAUUGCUUUGAAUAAUCUCUCAAAGAACAAAAAAAAUGGAAAUACAGUCUUGAUUUUUUUCUUGUGAGAAAACAGUUACAUUAAACAUACUGUAAAUCCAGUGCA